AAAUAUCGAAAAUUAAAAUUCAAAGUUUCAGCCGCCGAGACCAAGGUGGUGGCGAGACUCGGCACCUUCCUCAAGAAUGCCUGGGCCAAGGAGCCAGUGCUGGUCGUGUCCUUCAUCAUCGGGAGCCUAGCUGUAAUUCUGCCUCUACUCAGCUCCUACACCAAGUACUUCAUCAUGAUCAACAAGUCCAUGCCCUACAACUACCCAGUGCCCAUCCACGAUGAUGGGAACAUGCCCAACGUGCCUAGCCACCCCCAGGAUCCCCAGAGCCCCAGCUUGGAGUGGCUGAAGAAACUGAGCACCUCCACUGACAGAGGAGGCCCCUCCCAUGGCUCCCAAUACGAAUGUGAAAACCAAAAAAAAAAAAAAAAAAAAAAAAAAAAAUUCAGAGUUUCAGUGAAGCCAUUCUACUUGUGGUGUUUUAUAGUCGUACUUUUAUAGUGAUUCCUUGGUUAAAAACAUCAUUUUUAUCUCCUUUGCAGAUAAAUUCUGAUUUAUUCUAUAAGUAUCUGGUUUACAAGACUUAUUCCAAAUACUACACAAGGUCUUGGAUUUCUGAGACAAUAAAAAUUAAACAAAAGAUUGUCCUAACCUCAAAUUGAUUAUAUGACUAAAACGAUGAAACACAUUUGAGAGUUUUGAGAAAAGGUGUUGUUUUCUUUCUCU